AUGCAAUCGAAUUUCCACUGUAGUGAAUAUAGAGUACAUAUGUAUAGGGUACGGUACGUAUGUACGUACAUACUAAACGAUCAACGGAAGUUUAGCCUUGCUAUUAUUGCAAAUAUUAUCAGAGGGAAAAAGUGGAGUAAUAAUAGAGAUCUCAAGAAAACAGCUCGAUUUUAUGAGGAAGAGCUGUUAUUUUGCGAGGAACUGCGAAAAAAGCAUGAAUUAUAUGAUAAUGAGAGUGUAAUAACAUCUAAUCAACUCAAAGUAACAGGAAGUACCAAAAACAAAAUGUUAUCAACAACUGAUAGUGAGCACAACUGUGAAGACUACCAUCUAUUCAGUCCCAAUGACCAUUUUCAAUUGCCGCCAAGAACACUCCUAUCACAACCAGAUCAGGAAGAUCGUAGUUUUCGUUGUGUUCCAGUCAUAAUCAAACAGACCAUUCGCAUGAUAUCUUACUGA